AUGACAGCUUUCACAGGCAACGAGAAGAUCAUUGCGUACGAUAGUGAUGGCGAUGAUGCUGGUAGGAUAAACGUGGCACCGCACCGUGCAGUUUCCAAACGAGCUGAGAUAGUUUUGAUCCAGCAGAAAAGUUUUCGCUCGGUGGGUGGCCGAGAGGCGGGAAGGCAGCAGUUGACGGAGCUCGGCGGCGCGUAUGGUGAGCUUUGCCGUGGCGCACCGCUUUCUGUAUGGGUCGUGGACCCUGCUUGCAUCCCACACAGCGAGAGUAGGGGCGACAAAAAUGAACCCCUCGCCACUACGCUUCUGCGGACUCCUGAGAAGAAUAGAAAUACAGGCGUUGAUGAAAUUUUUGUGCCAAAUUCCAAAACGGGUGGCAGAGUAUGCGGCUACCGCUCCCCAUUACCGAAGAAGAAGAUGCUCUCAUCAAAUGUUUCGGAUUUCUCUCAGGUUUCUACUUGCAAGGGAAGCCCUCUGGCUAGUCAAGAACCACGACGGAAGAAUGACUCUGCUAGCUCCACUGCAGAGGAUUCGCCGCUGUUGACUCCUGGUGGUUGGACCACGACUUCACUGCUCUCGCAGGCAGAGCGCAGCGCGGUGGAGUUGCUUGCGCAUGACGUAGAUGGUGUCGCACGGGAGUGUUGGCGUGAGAGCCAACAACAGCUUUCGCCAUUUGCCAUAUAUGCAGAGGACGAUGGGUUGGCUUUCGCUUCAGCGGCAAACACGACGUCUUCCGGUGGCCGCAAAAAACGCAAGCGCCUCUGUGAGGCCCGUGACAGUGUGACCCCCGAGGGGUUUGCCGACGAAACCGCUCGCUGCCUGCAAUUUGAACCGGAGAGUUGUUCCAUGCGGCCGUUGCGUCCGUCUGUGUCCGGGAUGAUGCAGAAGCGUUUCAACAAACUAACACAGCAACGAUUGGCUUUGCAGUGCCUCUUGUUGCCUUACUAA